AUGCGACACGCCCAACCAAUUUGCGGGCAGAAGGGUGGCAUGACUUUCGACUCAGUUGGGCUUCACGGAGAAGCUGGUUGUGGUGCUGCUGCCAUUCUUUUUUCCUUUUUUUUGUGUAGGGGGAGUGGGCGGCAGGGGAGCGUUGAUAUGCCCGCGGAGACAACAAUGCCGCGGGGUCCUCUUCCGGCGGUUGUCAUCCAACAGGCUAUAAGGCAGCAGUGUGCCGCGAACACCGGCGCCGGCGUGCCUCACCAGCCGUCGUCAACGGUCCCGUCGCUACCACUUGAGUUCUUCCGCGUCGAGGUGGAGACGCGGCAGGGGUACGUGUACCAAGGCAAGCUACUGUCGCUGGACGACGACUACAACGUCAGCCUGGCGGAAGCAACCUCGUGGCGUGAUCGCCUGUGUGACGUUGAGCGUGCGCUGCUGGCGGCGGAAGGGUUACCCGCGCCUCCCGUCAGUCCUGCAACCCGCCAACGCUACGUUGGCUCCGUCUUCAUUCGCAGCAGUAACCUGCUGAUGGUGCGGUUUCCGCAGUACGACGGGCCUACCGCGAGUGGGGGUCGGCGCGGUGGUUAUGGUGCUACCGCCUUGAAGUUGGCUUGUAAGGCCAUGGCGGCGCAGGUCAAGCGGCAGAUUAACAUGGAGCGGCAGAAGAACCGCACGGAACGACGGAAACGCCUGAAGCAGGCGACAAAGACAGAGCCGGCUGAGGCGGCGAAGGCGGGGAAGGGCACGCGCGCUAGAAAGGACCCGAAGGCCAAUUCAAAGAGGAGAAAAGGGGGAGAGGUUGCUUUGUGA